CCUACGGCUAUCACCACGGGUGGGGACAGGCGGUGCGGUGCCAUGCCAUCCAGGAUGGGCCACUGGUAUAGGUUGCAGUUCAUUAUUGCUUUCUCUUCCUUGCCCGUUGCUGUGGCUGUCCUAUUCGCCGUUGGCCGUUUGCGCCGCUGGCUACUGGCCGUCCGCUUGCCAUCCUUCUUCUUCUCCUCCACCAUCAGUUCUUCUCCACGCUGUCGUUGCUGGUUGCUUUGCUUCCUGCAAUUCGGGCCUGAAGCCCCCAGCCAACGUUAUCAGUCCAAGCGGGCAGUGGGUCGAAUCGACCGUGGUUUUGUAAUUUCCCACGCGAUGCAGCUCCUCUUUUCCAACUCGUUUGGUAUUCCGAUCUGUGACGGAGAAGAAAGCCCGCUCAUUAUUACCACUCAGGAUCAGGAAAAAUAUGUGCUCAGCAACUUUAUGUAGUCGUCCGCACGGAACACCAUGGAUCCCGGCUGUAGACUAAAAGGGGAGACUGGUGAGAGGGACACACAAAAAAAAGGGACCCAUUCGGUUUCCCGCAAAGCUACGGGAGUCAGCCAACCCCAGGCGACCAGCAAACGCAUUGGCCCCCGGAAGCGACCUCUUGGCGGCACUAUGGCCCGUGGUUUCUGCAACAUGACGGGGCCCGGC